ACAAGGGGGAGGGAAUCCGGAAAAAUCAUUGGCGUGGGGAGAAAUUCUUUUUGGGGUAUAUUUAUUUUGAACUACAAUUAGUUGCUUUUAUUUAAUUGAAACAGCGCCCUAAGCUUGUUUGUAAAAUUUCCUAGAGUUCGCUUUGCAACACCGCGUUCAUUGAUUACUUCGAGCUUAGUUGCGGUAGCCGAGAAUUAAAUGGAUUUUCUUGAAUUAUUCGCGUGAGACAGACAGCCCGACGUCGGACAUAAAUAAAAAGCGGUGGGUUGUUCCAGGUGGGAGGUGUUUUGCUAUUUAGGCCCCCAAUAAACAACUUCGAGGGAAAACGCCAGCCAGCCCCGAGCAAAUAAAAAAAAAUUAAUUUCCAGACGGCACACUACCGAAAAGAUAAUCGCACGGGAAAGAUGAAAAUCCAUUUUCGGGAGCAAUACGGAAGGAAGGGUGAGGAAAUCCUCUAUGUGACGCCAGCAGAUCAGAGCAACAUCGUAAGGGUCCCGCUGCGUGGCGAUAAACUUGUCAUACAGGAGAAAUUUCUGCUUUUCCGAGUGCUGCAAAAGGUCUUCCUGCCCAAGGGCUAUCCGGAUAGUGUAAGCGAGGACUAUGCGGCGUAUCAGAUUUGGGACACGGCUCAGGCCUUUUGCAGCACCAUCUGUAGCACCUUGUGCACUCAUGCAAUCAUGCAGGGAAUCGGAGUUGGCAGCGAGAACAUUAAUGCUUAUUCAGCCACGGUCACCUGGAUUAUGAAGGAGGGCAGCGGACAUGUCGGUCGUAUAGUGUUCGCCUGGUGGCAGGGCUCCCAAUUGGAUGUGGACUCAAAGAAAUGGCGAUUGCGUGCAGAUUUUCUCAACGAUCUGGCUAUGGGAAUUGAGAUCUACGUGCUUCCCAAGUAUCCACAUUUCAGCACACAAAUCCUUUGCUGUUCCACACUUCUCAAAGCGAUUGUGGGCGUGGCCGGAGGUGCUACAAGAUCGGCUUUGACCCAGCACCAUGCAUUGCGAGGCAAUCUGGCGGAUGUAGCCUCUAAGGAUAGUUCACAGGAGACAUGCGUGAACUUGGUGGCCUCCUUUGUGGGACUAUAUCUCCUCACGCUCAUCAAGAGUCAGGCGGUCCUGUACACCAUUUUCUACAUAGUAGUCAGCCUGCAUCUCUACGCCAACCUCAAAGCGGUUAGAUCAGUUUGCUUGCGGAGUUUUAACGAGUCGCGAUAUUUAAUUACGCUUGAGGAGUUCUUCAGAUCAUCUAGGAUGCUCAAUCCACAGCAGGUGAACGCCAUGGAAAGGGUUACAGUAGGAAAGACUGUUUCCGUGUCUCUAAACAUAAAGCUGGGUCUCAGCGUAAAAAAUUUAAUUGAUGAGUAUAAGAGCAGCAGCGUAAUUGAAAACAUAGUUUCCUCCUUCGAUCCCCAUGAGCACUUCAUUAUCGCAGAGACAAAAAAAUGUCUAGGAGUCUAUCUGCACUUUGAAACGCGACCGCAGGAUGUGCUUAAGGCCUACUUCUUUGCUGUGUUUUAUCUGCGAGAUAGGAACCAGAUAAAGGAAAAGUAUUGGGACAUACAAACCAAGUGGCAGGAAUUUCUUGCGCUAGCGCAGCAAGAGGGUUGGCUUAUCCAUCAGCAUUUGCUACUAGUCGACGAAUUUCGAUUGGACUGGAAGGUGUAGGAGUAUGCUUACUUUAAUUGCUUGACUUUUAUCUAAUUUGCAUGCUUGAAAAACUGAUUUUAUUCGGACUUCAUUAUCAUUCUCACAUAUCUCACAUGGUUACCAUAUAACAAUUGAGCGAAAACAUUGAUAUUAAUUAAGUGCUAUUGAUAUUACCUAGAAUUAGCUUUGUGAGACUCGUUCGCACUUGAACAUCUUCCAACUAACUCUGCCUUAGCACAAAGUAAUUUUUGUAACAGACAUUUGAUAAGACAUUUACCCUUGCUUUUACCCAUGACUUUAUCGGAAGACAUUAUUUCAAUUACUAGAUGCUAAUAGGUCUAAAAAGGUAAAUGGAAAGAAUCACAAUCUAUUUUGUAAGGACUUAUUGUAAGUGCGCAUUUCGAUAUUUCGAGAGCCUACUGUACAUUUUAGAUUAUAAUCAUGAAAAAUCUCACAACGAACUACGAAAAAACCCAGCUUCAAUUGCAUUCUGGAAAAAAAGUGUACAAAGUUUAAAGCUUUUAUGCAAAAUGUGCAAUAUUAUGUUUAUUAUUAGCUUCGAAUAACUACGGAAUAAGUUGGCGUCCAUAUUAGCUUAACAAUAAUGCUUUCCAAUUAAUGCAAUAUAUAAAUUAUGUGCAUACCAUCUCACCAUAAAAAAGAUUUUAUGAAACAAAUGAAUAAAAGUAAACGGAAUUUUAAGAAAAUUA